AUGGUCAAGCAAGCCGGGUCAAAGUUCAAUCAGAGGUUCAAAUCAGUGUUGGUUGAUAUUACGGUGUCCACUGACACCAAUGUCGGGGUUAUUACAGUGUCCACUGACACCAAUGUCGGGGUUAUUACAGUGUCCACUGACAUCAAUGUCAGGGUUAUUACAGUGUCCACUGACACCAAUGUCGGGGUUAUUACAGUGUCCACUGACACCAAUGUCGGGGUUAUUACAGUGUCCACUGACACCAAUGUCGGGGUUAUUACAGUGUCCACUGACACCAAUGUCGGGGUUAUUACAGUGUCCACUGACACCAAUGUCGGGGUUAUUACAGUGUCCACUGACACCAAUGUCGGGGUUAUUACAGUGUCCACUGACACCAAUGUCGGGGUUAUUACAGUGUCCACUGACAUCAAUGUCGGGGUUAUUACAGUGUCCACUGACACCAAUGUCGGGGUUAUUACAGUGUCCACUGACACCAAUGUCGGGGUUAUUACAGUGUCCACUGACACCAAUGUCGGGGUUAUUACAGUGUCCACUGACACCAAUGUCGGGGUUAUUACAGUGUCCACUGACACCAAUGUCGGGGUUAUUACAGUGUCCACUGACACCAAUGUCGGGGUUAUUACAGUGUCCACUGACACCAAUGUCGGGGUUAUUACAGUGUCCACUGACACCAAUGUCGGGGUUAUUACAGUGUCCACUGACACCAAUGUCGGGGUUAUUACAGUGUCCACUGACACCAAUGUCGGGGUUAUUACAGUGUCCACUGACAUCAAUGUCAGGGUUAUUACAGUGUCCACUGACACCAAUGUCGGGGUUAUUACAGUGUCCACUGACACCAAUGUCGGGGUUAUUACAGUGUCCACUGACACCAAUGUCGGGGUUAUUACAGUGUCCACUGACACCAAUGUCGGGGUUAUUACAGUGUCCACUGACACCAAUGUCGGGGUUAUUACAGUGUCCACUGACACCAAUGUCGGGGUUAUUACAGUGUCCACUGACACCAAUGUCGGGGUUAUUACAGUGUCCACUGACAUCAAUGUCGGGGUUAUUACAGUGUCCACUGACACCAAUGUCGGGGUUAUUACAGUGUCCACUGACACCAAUGUCGGGGUUAUUACAGUGUCCACUGACACCAAUGUCGGGGUUAUUACAGUGUCCACUGACAUCAAUGUCGGGGUUAUUACAGUGUCCACUGACACCAAUGUCGGGGUUAUUACAGUGUCCACUGACACCAAUGUCGGGGUUAUUACAGUGUCCACUGACACCAAUGUCGGGGUUAUUACAGUGUCCACUGACACCAAUGUCGGGGUUAUUACAGUGUCCACUGACACCAAUGUCGGGGUUAUUACAGUGUCCACUGACACCAAUGUCGGGGUUAUUACAGUGUCCACUGACACCAAUGUCGGGGUUAUUACAGUGUCCACUGACAUCAAUGUCAGGGUUAUUACAGUGUCCACUGACACCAAUGUCGGGGUUAUUACAGUGUCCACUGACACCAAUGUCGGGGUUAUUACAGUGUCCACUGACACCAAUGUCAGGGUUAUUACAGUGUCCACUGACACCAAUGUCGGGGUUAUUACAGUGUCAACUGACACCAAUCCUAAACAAGAAGUGAGAGAAAACCCGUCUAAAGUGAGGGGAUUCCCACAUUCAGCUCUUCCUCUUAGCUACUCUCAUAUUCAGAGCCAGUGGCAUAAUGGAACUAGCGCAGCUAUUACAUCUAAAGACUGGUAA